ACUUAAGACGGCAACUUGCAGGCUCUUUUAUGUUUACUCAACUCAACUGUUUCCUUUCUGUUUUUCUGUCACAUUUUACAGAUAGAAAGACAAAGUCAGUGUAUUGUUUACCUACUUGGAUCUUCUUUUACCUUCACAUCGAACAUCAACAUGAGUUUCUCAACCCCCAACCCCCCCCGCCCAGUUUUUCAGAGAGCACAGUGCAGUCCUCAUCUCCUGAACUCUCAGAUGAGCUCACCGCUGCCCUCGCCGCAGGGCGCUGGUGGGCAAUAAUGGAGGUUUCUUCUCCUAUAUCUGAAGAGCCUGAGUAUGGCGACCUCACCUCAGUGCAGUGGCAGGGAACAAUGGAGGCAGGAGAAACUUUGUGCCCCAAGUCUGUGGUCUUCAGGGAUGAAUGUGAGAAGGCUGAGUCCCUGCACUCAGGCCUCCAAGGUGCAACACUGAAGACCAAAGAGCUGUGGAGGAAGAAGAAGACACAGGGUGCACCAGUGCCUCCCAGGUCCCAACACGGUUCAUCUGUGUCUGCAAAUACCAAGAAAAGUGACCACAGCUCAUCCCUGGUCUUAAACUAUGCAUCUAAGAAGGCUGAGUCUCCGCACUCAGGCUUUACAGAUGCAGCCCUGAAGACCAAAGAGCUGUGGAGGCAGAAGAAGCCUCAGGGAGCACCUGUGUUUGCCGGAUCUGGGUUCACUAAUGAAAUACUGAAGACCACUAAGCAGGGGAGGCAACAGCAAAGGAAGUGGACCGAGAUGAAGCCUCAGGUAGCACCUGAGCCUGCUGGGUCCCCUCAAAGACCACCUGUGACCACUGGCUCUCAACGAAGAGGAAAGCUCAUGAUCCCUGAGAAUCUGAGGCAACAUCUGCUAAAGGCUGCUUCUGAACUGGAAUCACCUGUGCCUGCUAGAUCCCCACAGGGAGCACCAGUGCCCACAGUGUCUCCUCAAAACACACCCAUGUGCACAAAGUCUCUACAGAGAGAAGCUAUGCCUGCCCCAGAGGUGCCAAAACCAAAGAUACCUGAGCCGCUGAGACAGGAGCUGCUGCAGCAGAAGCCCAACAAGACCCCAGGGAGGCAAAACCUUAAAAUCCCUCAGUCGCCAAGGCAGGUGCUGCUGCAGCAGAAGCCCAACAAGACCCAAGAGAAGCAAAGGCUGAAGAUACCUGAGCCGCUGAGACAGGAGCUGCUGCAGCUGUCGGCUCGAGCAUCUUCUGUUCAAGGAGCACCUGUGCCUUAAAAGACCCCAGAGAGACAAAGACUUAAACCCCCUCAGUCGCUGAGGCAGGAGCUGCUGCAGGUUUCAUCUUGUGCCUCUUCUGAGAAGGGAGCACCUGGACCCAACAAGACCCCAGAGAGGCAAAAGCUCAAGAUACCUGAGCGUCUGAGGAAGGAGUU